AUGGCUACAGAAGAUGCUCAAGCGCAGUAUUUUGAGAACAAUCCAGCUCCCAAACAAUUGCGAAAGCAUGAAGCACUAGUCAGAGAAUUUAUCGAAUACCAUACCUCUACCAACCCGGAAACUCGUAUAGUGCUGGUCACUUCUGGAGGUACAACCGUCCCUCUUGAGAACCAGACUGUCAGAUUCAUUGACAACUUCUCUGCUGGCACACGAGGAGCCACAUCAGCCGAAUACUUUGUUCGAGCAGGAUAUGCUGUAAUUUUCUUACAUCGCGAGUAUUCACUGCUGCCAUAUUCUCGCCAUUACAGCCACAGUACCAACUGCUUUCUGGACUUUAUGGAAGGGUCCGCUGGGGGAGAUGUGGUUGUUCGUCAAGAAUAUCAGAUGAAGAUGAAGCAAGUGCUUGAGGAAUACCAAUACGCGAAGAAGAAUCGGCUCCUCUUGAUGUUGCCCUACGUGACAGUCAACGAAUACCUCUUUGAGCUUCGCAGUUUGGCUACAUUGCUGCAGCCUGUCGGCAGUCGCGCACUAUUCUAUCUGGCAGCUGCUGUGUCUGACUUUUUCAUACCACGGGAUCGAAUGGAAGAGCACAAGAUUCAGUCGUCGACAGUCGAGAACGGUAAGAAGACAGGUAAUGGUACACAGCUAGUCAUCAACCUCGAUCCUGUACCUAAAUUUCUGAGCACACUGGUACAUUCGUGGGCAUCUAGAGAGAGCAUGAUCGUUAGCUUCAAGCUGGAGACAGAUCCCAAUCUGCUAGUCAGCAAAGCCGAGCAAGCCCUCCAUAAAUAUGGUCACGACUUGGUAAUAGGCAAUCUUCUCACGACGAGGAAAUGGGAAGUCGUGUUUGUCAGGACGGGCGAGGAGAGAUGGGUGAGAGUACCAAAGGCCAAACGAUCGAGAAGUGUUUCGGGUAUAGAGGAAUUAGUUGGAAGGGCUGACAAAAAGAAAGAUGCAGCCAAGAAGGACGAAGUCGACCUGAGUGGCGGAGAGGUUCGAGAGGGCAUGGAGAUCGAGAGUUUGAUCGUUCCCGAGCUUGCGGCACUGCAUGAGCAGCGUAUCAGAGACAGUGCUGCAAAGGCUUGA